AUGCCAAAUCCUUUUCAAUAUGUUCCACAAUAUGUAAAUAUACCAAACCCUUCAUUUUUUUUUCCAAAUAAUUAUCAAUAUAUUCCCAAAAUACCAAAAAUACCAAAAAAUCCUAGAAGACCCAAAAUACCAAAUUAUAUUGCUGCUUGUGGUUGUUGUGGUAAUCCAAAUCAUGAUCGAAAUGAUCCUCAAUGUCCUUUUCAAAAUGGUAGAAUUCAACCUUGUUUAGAUCCUCCUCGUGAUCAAAGAUUACAUGAUUUAUUUAGACAAUCUGAAAUUCAAUUAGAAAAUAUAUUAAAUCGAAUGAAUAGAAACAUUCAAAAUCAACAUGCUAAAACAAAUGAAAAUUUUUUUAAUCGCUUUAAUCAAUUGAAUCAAAGAUUGAUUACAACCAAUAAAAGAUUAGAUAAUUAUGAUCAAUCUUUUAAUCAACUAAAUACUAAUACUAAUAAUAUAAAUCAAAGAAUUUAUAACAUUGGUAAAAACUUAAAUAAUGAAUUUGGUAAAAUUAAUAUUUUUAAUAAAAAUAUUGAUACAAAUUUAAAUAAUAUAAAUCAAAGAAUUACAGAUCUCAAUACUAAUAAUCAAAGAAUUAAUAUAAAUCUUGAUAAUUUACAUAAAACAAUUAAUGAUAAUAAUCAAAACAUAGGCAAAUCUAUCAAUCGUUUUAACGAAAUAUUGGAUAAUAACAAUCAAAAUAUAAAUAUUCGUUUUAAUGAAAUAUUAAAUAAUAUCAAUCAAAAUAUCAUUAAUACAAAUCUUGGACUCGAUCCAAUAAGAAAUCAAUUUAAUGCAUAUUUAAAUGAACAAAGAAUUAUUAUUGAAAAUAUACAAAAUCAAUUAAUAACGAGAAACACUAAUAAUUUUGAAGAAAUAUUUAACAUUUUUAGAAAUGAUAUGAGAAAUUUAGUUAACAAUCAAAUUAAUACAAAUCAAAGAGAAAUAAUACAAAGAAUAAUGCGAGUACAACAACCAAGAAGAUUUACUAUUAAUCAAAGAAGAACAAUAAAUUUCCGUUUGCCAGAAAUAGAAAGACCUAGACAAAUGACAAAUAUUAUGGGUGGAUUACAAAUACAUGGUAAAAGUGGAACUUUUUUGGGUAAUGCACAAUAUAAUGUUGAAAGUAGUGGUAGUAUAACAUACACAACUGAAAAUACAUUAGAAAUUUUAAAAUAUAAAUAA